UUCAACUGUCAAAGUCAAAGUCGUGCACACAAUAUACUUCACAAUAGUCGACGGUUGUCACUGUCAGCCAAUUGAAAACUGUGCAGACAUUCGGACAGUGAGGAUAGUCAGUUUCUUAAAAAUAGGUUCCUCCUAAGUGUAAUGAUUAAUAUCUCAAUUAUUAUGCGAUAAAAAAUACAAUCAGCUUCGUUUGAAUUAACUAAAACAGUAAACGUAGCAUAUCUCAUUUCGAAAGUCUAAUUACCUACAUUAAAACAUUUCACAUAAUACUUGUAAACGAUGUAUCCAGCGAAAGUGGUAAAUUGUAGACUGCAUUGUUACGCCUGAAAAUGCUAUUACUUUUCAGUUUAUUUCCUUAUUACUGUGAUCGGUUUCCUAAGUUGAGUGUUAGUAACGAGUGGAAAAUGUGGUAUGCAGCGGUAGUGCGGUUCAUACGAAGACGUUUAGUUCUAGGCAUUAUAUUUGCGUCUUCUUUAACUUACUGUAUUGUCAGCUUUCUUAGAGAGGGCAAUAGCAGAGGUAUGAUAUACCAAGAUGUUUCAUUUGAAAGAAAGCCAUUUGUUUGGAGAACUCUUCAGGAACACAAUGACACAAUAGAUCAUAUUAUGUGCAGAAACUCUGUACAAGGGAAAUCUUUACUUGUAGAUGAUAGAGGUUAUGUAUGUCAUAGAAGUGAUAUGACUAAGAAUGGUUGUUGUGACACGGAUGCUGAUUCUGCUGACAGGUAUAGCUGUGAGACCUGUACGGAAAAUAAUUGCUGUAUUAUAUAUGAAUAUUGUGUGUCCUGCUGUUUGGAUCCCAGUAAGAGGGACAUGCUAGAAGUAGUGUUGUCAAAACUCUCGACGGAGAAAAACGUACUCUUCCGUUCGCUGAGUGACGAUUAUGAACUGUGCUUGACUAAAUGUCGCACGAGUUCACACAGCGUUCUCCAUGAGAACUCCUAUAAGGAUCCCAUCAACAAGCACUGCUUCGGUGACGAAUUGCCGAGAUCCCGGACACCAGACUAACAAAAACUCAUUUCUAAUUUAUUUUUAGUAUGUUUUUUACAUUUUUAUUCAUUUCAAAAUGGAGUAAGGAUUGUUAAGUUAGUCUAAAUAUUUUUUCUCAUUGUGCAAUUACGGUUUGUUAAAAUUUAAAUGUAUUAAUUUUGUCAUGAUUACUUGAAGAGAGUACUGAUGUUAUAUUAGAUAAUGCAACAAAGAUGUGCGCAAAGAUCUUUACUGAAGUUAUUAUUAAUGGAAAAGUUUUAAACUUAAACUAUUUAUUAAAACAAAUGCCAGUGAACAAGGGUAUUAAAGAUACCAGAGUAACUGAAGGUUACAAUAGUAUUAAGUUUAAAAAUAAGUAAUGUAUCUGUUUGAUAAAAAUUAAACAAAAUUUAACCUUAAGUGCAAUACAUUUUCAAACAAUCAACAUUUUUAGCUGAGCCAAAAUGAAUGUCUCUUAUUAAGACAAACCUUAGCACAUCCAAUCAACAGAUUUUCAACUUUGUUUCAUAUUAAUAAAAUUGAAAUCAUUCGAUCGAUCUUUUGGUAUAAAACAUUGUAAAUGCCCAGGAAAUAAGAAUUCAAUUUUGGAUAAACACAAAUUGUACGCCGGUAACCUUGUUUAUCGUGCUCUUGACGCCGAUAACGAUCAGAUGGCACGGAGUCCGUCUAAUAUCAACCUAAUUAGGGGUCGUCCAUAAAGUACGUCACACGUAAAGGGGGUUUGGAGGGGAGCGACAAGGGAGGCUCCUAAGUUUUGUGACGUCACCUUUCAAAACCUAAUAAAUAUUAAUCAAAGUAAAAAUAUCAUAUAAAAAUAUAAGUAUCUACGACAACUCGGUUUAAAGAUUGUUUUCCCGCUCUAGUGACACGCGCCAAUUGCCGACGAGCCCUUUGACGAAUCCCGCCAAACGCUCCGUACCUCACGUGAUUUUAUUGUUUCUAUUAUUGAUUUUUCGAUAUGAUAUUGCAAAACAUGUGACGUCACACAAAGGGGAGGGGGGGGGGUGGGGUUGGGAGCUCAAAAUAUCAUGAAAUUCAUGUGACGUAGGUACUUUAUAGAUGACCCCUUAUAUUGCUGACCAAAUAAAGCUUUUAUACUUUUGUAAAAAAUAUGGAGCCUUACAGUCUUAUUCAAAUGUCUUUUAAUAUAAAAAAAAAAUAUCAAGAAAUUUUAAACUGCCUCGUAAUUCAGUUUAAAAAUGAACUUACUAAAUAUAAUUUGCCAAAUACUGAAGACUAAUGAAAUUGUUAAGGUUUAAUAAAACGAAACAAGCAAGUUAUAACUCUCGGUUUUUAAGUCAGCAAGUUCAGCUUUACUGUUUUGUACCUUCUUAUGAUUAUUUUGUACAACUUGAUCAAAAUCAAAGAGGACUUAAAUGUUAAAGUAGAAGUAUCUUAAUACUUUUGUUCGCAUUCUCCGAGUAUGUAUUCUUAAAGCUGUUUUUCUCAGACUAACACCCGGUUUCCGAAAGGCCGAUCAAUGUUACAAUCAAUUUAAUCUCUUGUCAAGUCAUCUGAUUGGUUGACUGACAAGAGAUUUAAUAGGAGAUUAGUUAAUUUUAGCGUUGACAAGCCUUUCAGAAACCGGGUGUAAGACAAUGCAAAUGUUAUUUAUUUGGGCAAACCUACAUUAUAAAUUUGUCAUUCUUGAGAAGUUUGCCGUAAACACCAGGCUGCUUGAGAAAUGUGUUAGUUAGAUUACGGAAUUUGAUUUGAUUGAGAUUAUUUUAAAGGUAAGUUAUGUCCGGUAUAGAACAAGGCAAGACUUUUUUAUGAUGGUGGACACCAUAUUGUGUAUUUUACGAUUUUUUACGUGUAUUGCCAUCAUUUAUUUGUCUUUUAUUCUCAUGGAAUUUUGAGGGUAUUUAUUGUAUGAAUAAAUAAUGAUUUUGAAUUGUGAAAAAACAAGGUUAACUUACCCUCACCAUGAAAAAAAUCUUUGCAUCGUUCGUGCUAUGUGCUAGUGGUGUCCAUUUCUCAAUGGGUGACGCAACAAAAUUAUUGUUAAGUGAGUACAUAUAAUAAAUAUAUUGUAUAUUCAAAUAAAAUGUUUAUACUAACCGGUUGAUGAACUUGCCGUUUUUCACGUGAAAAUUAUGUAAUAAGUAUUCUUUAGUUACCAAUUCCAGCAAUGUUUUAAUAUUGGAUGGAGGCUAUCCUGAAUAACAGAUAUUUUUAUAA